UCGAAUAAAGCACUUAAAGAAUUCCUUAAAAUUAAAGAUUCACUCUUUUGGAUGAAAAGGGGCUUAUUUAUGUAAAUCAAUUAUACGCUUUAGGUCAAAUAAAGUCGUUUGAAGAGAUAGCCCAUAAGUAUGGGGUGGCAGACAAUCAGAAACAUUGUUUUUUACAAAUAAGUAAUGCAGGUCAUAAACCAAUAAAAGGAGAGAAUGGAGAUUUCAGGGAUUCUAUAUAUAAGAAAAGUUUAAUUAGACUAUUUCCUUAUGCGAAGUUGCUGUCUGGGCAUGCUGGGAGUUGUGGUUCUGCAGCGGUUGGGGAUUUACAGCUUGAAGACCACUGCUAUAGAGGGUGCAAAUGUAUCUGAGCCCUGGAACUCAAAUAAUGUGAAAUAUGAUAUGAUCAAAAUGGAGCCCCUGCACUAAUUACUUGGGUUCUGGGGUCUGUAAGGUCCAUAGUAAAAACAUCAGGUUCUGUCAGCAGAUACUAAAUCAUGGCAGCUCCAAUAAACAAGCAGUCAUUCUGACAUGUCACAUGUGAUGUCAUAGACAGCUGGAGUCCUGACAUUCCACUGACAGCCGCCCGAGCCUUCAGUCUGUAGAUUGUUCCAGUGAGUUUAGUGAGAUUAGUGAGAUUAGCAUCUUCUUCUUCUUGUCUGAAAUGGAGCUAAAAGGUUUGAGGUUCGUCCCCCUACUGUUGGUGUUUUGGUGUGCGGCCUGGCUUGCCACCAGCUACAUCAUGACAGUCGUCCUCGGCCAUGCAACCUCACCACUGAUGAGCAUCAGUGACGUGGGAAAUGUCUUUCACGAAAGCAUAUUAUUCAGAAUUGGAUUCAUAGGGAUGUCCAUUGGCACUUUGGUACUAACCUUUCUUAUUUAUAAGUAUAUGGUUAUGCAUACUGAAGAGUUCAUUGGUCAUCAGGUCCUGAUCCAGAGGAUCCUGCUGGCCAUUGUGUGGGCCUCCUGUUUUGCCACAGCUGUCAUGCAUGUAUUUUCCCCCAAAGAAUAUCCCAGGAUACACUUUGUUAGCACGAUAAUUUCAAUUACAUGUGAAGCCUUAUACUACCUUGGGCAGUCCAUCCAGAUGUAUAAAUUACCAGGAGCAAAAAAAGUCAUCCACCAUAGUAGAUGCACCUGCUAUGGCCUGACUUUUGUCUGUGUAAUUUUCUAUUUUGGAUAUGAAACAUUAAAGGAAUUAUUCUAUAAUGAUGAAGACUGGGACGAGAUCCGUGAAAUCCCCAUCAUAAUCAUCGAGUGGGUGAUGCUUCUACUGAUCCUGAUAAACAUCGUGACCUAUUAUUCCACCAUGCAGAGGUUAUUGUUGACCGUCUCCAGAAACAGCUGCACACUCUCUCUUAGAGUAAGAAUUGAUGACUUUGGGGUGUAGACCACCACGUGGGCCAUCAAGUGGACUUCUGGGAGAGAUACUGCACAGGACACGGAAAAACAUCUAAAGAAGAAUAACUGGGGGACUAUAUAUGGUGCCAGUAAUCAUGGCACAAUAAUAUGAGCUGGUGAUAUUACCUAUACGAAAAAAUAAAAUAAAAAUAUUGGUGUGUGAAGUGUAAUACCUAGUUAGAACAACAGAAUCAAAUUCAUCAUUAUAACCCCCCUCUGCAUUACCCUGUUUAUUAUUUUUCAAGCAAGCACUUUGUUCUAAUUCGUCCACUCUCUGGCGUGCUCCUUGUAUAAGGGGUUUGGGAUACACUUUUUGUUUAAAACGAUCCUCCAGGUUAUCUAGUUGUUGCUGGCAUUUUUGUGUGGAAGAACAAUCCCUUCGGAUUCUUUUCAUUUGACCGAAUGGAAUGUUCUUCUUCCAUUAUUUAAGAUGGCAACUGUUAAAGUCGAGGUAUCUGUUUGCAUCCACCUCCUUAAAAUAGGUGGCAGUAUGCAAACAGCCAUCCUGAAUAUAGAUAUUUAUAUCCAGGAACUCACAUUUUUUGGGGGACUGAUGCAGCG